AUGUCAUUGCCUGUAGGAAGUUACACACAAUUAAGUAAAAUCAAACACUUUUAUGGGUCUAAAUUCCUACUUAAUGAGAAGAUUCACGAUAAAAUAUUGGAUAAACUGAAAAUUGAGAAAAUUUUCAAAACCCCAGGGGAAAUGAAAGUGUUAGACCUAUAUCCUGGUCCUGGACAACAUUCCGCAGUCUUUUACAAUCGUUAUAAGCCCAAACAGUAUGGUGUUAUGGAAGCUAGACCGGAUUUCCUAAAGACAUUAAAGAUACAAUACGAACGUUCGCCCAUUCAAAUAUUUGCCAAGGAUCCCUACGAAUGGACUUCUUAUACUGACUUGAUCGAUUCUGAGAAGGCAUUUGUUCCUGAGAAGCAACCGCACGAAUCUCUUAAUGAUAAAUUUCUGAUAAUUGCCAAUUUGACCAAUUCCGCACACGAAGGUUUACUAAUGCAGUGGUUUAACUGCAUAGGAAAUACUAAUUGGUUACAAAGAUUUGGACUAGUCAAGAUGUUGUUGUGGGUUCCUAUUUCUUCAGCAGCAAAACUUUUGGCGGCUCCCGGAAUGCAUCUGAGAUCUAAAUGUUCUGUAGUUAGGGAAGCAUUUACUGAUACUAAUCUAGUAGCUAUCUCUGAUGGCAGUGAGAGAGAACAGUUCGAUGAUGCACUUUGGAAAUCAAGUGAUCCUUUAAUUUUCCAAAAUGAAGAUACAUAUCCACAGCGCGGCAAGGGAAUUGCUUUAUUAGAAGUGAAUCCAAAAAAGCAUACUACCGACCUAGAUAAUUGGGACUAUGUCACAAAGCAUCUACUCAUUUUGAGAAAGACUCGACUUAGAGAUGCUGUAGAAUCAUUGGGACAUGGCGCAAAGGAUUACUUUAGUCAAAAGGUUGAGGAUCCGACGUUCCUAGACAAAUAUCCCGUAGAUUUGACCAACGAUGAUUUUAAAUAUUUGGCCAAUCUAUUCAAUCUAUGGCCUUUCAAACCAGAUGUCUAUAUGGACUUCAUCGAUAUCUAUCAGGAAGAAGGUGUGAUGUGA